ACCGUACCAACAGUAUCGAGGGUGCGGUUUUAUAUUACUUCCCACGCUUCUCUUUCCGUUCGGUCGAGUAAAUCUCACGCUUUCGUCCGUUUUUUAACGAUCGCGCGAGUACUUUGAGGUGUAGUUAACGAGGUUGCAUUGGACCCACCUCGGCGCGAGGUUUUUCCAUCGAUAUAUCGAGCAGUGGAGUCCAUCAAGGUCGACUGGCACGCGCUGCUACAACUUCUGCUCCCGCGUGGUGGGGCGGGGGGGGAGUUCCGGCCAGACCUUAAUGGGGCUCAAGGAGGAGAGCGUCCUGCCCAUCAUGCUGAGCGUGCAGCAGCAGCAUCACCACCACGGCCUUCACGCCACCUCGAGCGCGCAGACCCAUCGUGGCAACGUGAUUGUCUCCACCAAUAGCAUGCCGACCAACAACAAUAGCGGCACUCUGCAACACGGAUGCAAGCGAUCCAAAAUCUACGGCCAGCCCACUGGGCCCUACAGUACGGUGCCGCAUCAGCCUGCCUCGGUGGCCAGGCGAAACGCGCGCGAACGUAACAGAGUGAAGCAGGUGAACAACGGAUUCGCCACCCUGAGACAACAUAUACCGCAGAGCGUAGCGCAGUCCUUAGGGAGUAGUACGACCGGGACUCACGGUGGUUCCAGAGCCGGUAGCAAAAAGUUGUCGAAAGUGGAAACUUUGAGAAUGGCGGUGGAGUAUAUCAGGAGUCUCAAGCGUCUGCUGGAGGAGCACGACGGCAACAACGAGUCCAGUGGAUCUUCACCGACUUCUUCGACGUCCUCCAACUCGCCUCUAUGUGGUUCCGAAAAUGGAGUCGGUUCCGAUUCCAGCCAUCACGCGGCAGAACUCAGACUACGUGGUAGCGUCACCGGGGAGAUUCAUCACCAUGACAGUCCGCACGGGUCCGACCUACAUCGGCAUCAACAUCUCAGGCAGAAUCCGAGUCCAACCUUCGUCCCUACGACGUGUUCAGAGGCGUCGAGUUCGCCAACGCCGAGCUUCGUCUCCGAGACCUCGUCGGCCGGGAGCCAAGGCUACAGCACGUCGGGCACGCUUUACGCGAUGCAUUCCGACAGUUACGAUAAUUACGAGCCGAUGAGUCCGGAGGACGAGGUGUUACUCGACGCCAUCACCUGGUGGCAGCAGAGUCAGUGAAGACGUCUACGUCGAUUUCGUCGCGGGCCCUUCCUCCUCAAGCAACGAGUGCAAAAGCAGGAUCGGGCCGAGAGCAAGCAUGAAUCGUACAGGGGACAACUAAGAACUACCGGAAGCAAUUGCUGUGAUCUAGUCAUAGUAUUUCUGUAUUUAUCAUCUCCAGAGCGGAUACACAUACGAAAUCCUUCGACAUACGAAAGCCUUCGAAAAUGUAUUAUCACUCUCUCUCUCAGAGCGAUGUCCGUAUUGAUGUCGAAGUCGCUCUCGAUUCACGUCGAGUUCCAAAGUACCUUGAAGCGUGAUUGAACCGUCAUUAGGCGCGCCGCCGAAUGCUGCACAACGAACGCAUUGCAAUUCUUGACGCUGUGUUAUUUUCUUGCUUUCGUAACUUAUUUUUUAGCGCCGAAACAUUUUCUCGUAAUCCCGUUGGGGUCGAGAGCGAACGUGCCCUCGAAAAUCGGCCGCGCCUGAUCGGCAAUGGAUCUAUUAUUAUUUAUACAGAACGUCCCACCAUGCGAACGGUGCAGCUGAGAAGGAAGACGUCCAAAAAUCGGGCGAGUCCUAAGAACCGCAAAGAUGCUUCUUAAUGAUUCUUUUCCGAUCACACGGCGGGACAGUGAGUUUUGCCCAAUCACUCUCUUUCACGGCUGUACCGAUCGUUGCGCGACGAUCAUCACGUCUCGAGAGAAUUCUUACGACGGACAAGCGAAGCUACCGAGAAAUCGAGAGAUUCGACGAUGUGUCAUUCCAUAAUUAUUACGCGUAGCGUUUUAUUUUAUUAUUUCUAUUAAGGUAAACUCUCUAAAAUUAUCGGUACGAGCCAGAUGGUGUCUCGAGGAGAAUUCUCGGGUAUUACCUGGGUUGAACUCCUAUCCAACUUGAAGUCGCGGGCGGCGCACGCUUUAUCGCGUCGCGCGAAAUCACCGCUGACAAAACGUGCCUGCGCGUAUGGGAGAGGUAGACUCUACCGACUCGGGGCUGUACGUGAUCCGCCCGUGACUCUUUAUCGCAUAUAAUUUACGACGCAAUGUACAAAUAAUUAUUAGCGCCGUCAAUACUCGGCUACCCGAGCGUAUUGAGUACCAACUACCUGAGUAUCCAAGUAUUGCGCAUCUCUGUAAAUAAUCGACGACUCGUUAAAUAUAUCGA